AUGAAACAAGGGUGCGAAGACCGGAGGGGGGACAAAGAACGGGAGGUGAUCCUGCUAGGAAUUCUCAACAUAGAAAAUGUGUACGGCAAGGAUUGGAUUAAAAAAAAAAAAGAAGUGAAGAGAGACCUGCAAAACAAGGCGGUCAAGUUAAAUCAGGCCUUUAAGAAUCCUGCCAUCUUUCACGAGCGCUUUGAGUUCCUAUCCGUAGACCAUUACAGUUGUGUCAAAAAUAACUACAUUUACAGCGCCAUCGUUAUUUUUAACCCCAACUUGGGGGGGAUUUCCUCGGGGGGGGAUGAGGCACUGUCGGAGGGGGGCGAUGUCAGGGACGUUGCACCCCCUGGGCAGGCAAAAGUGAAGAACACCUGUGUGGUGAGCAGUGGACAACACGUGGCGGGCGCCGGACAGGGGGGAGCAUCCUCUCAAGGGGGAUUGGCUUCCACCGGUGGAACGUCAUCACUCGGUGGUGGAACUACCCCCCCGGGUGACCCCCUCGUGACCAGGCCUCCAGAAAAGAAGGAAGGUCUUGGCGUCCUAGUCGUCACGUGCAAAAAAACGGACAGUGAAAAAAUGAAGCAUAUUCUAAUCAAGAUGUUGAAGAAGGAAGUAAAAGUGGAGUGCACCGUCCUUAAAUGCAAAGGGGGGCAGUUCUCCAGCCUCUCCCACGUUCGUCGUGAGGACGCAGAAGUCAAGGAGAAGCACACUGAAAUUAGGCACUUGGACCGCCCCGCCGCCUCCCUGGAUGUGGCUCAGUCGCGCGUACACUCCAGAGCACUGUCUACAGCGGCGUCUUCAGCGGCGUCUGCAGCGGAGUCCCCUGUGCUCCCCCCGUCGGACGCGGCGAACAAGCUAUUCAACGUGUCUCGGAAUAAUUUCUUUAACAUGACUGCCUACAUAUAUGGAUCGUCCCAUCUGUUGGCCAACACUAGCUUGAUUACACGCGAGUAUGGGGACGAUGAGUGGGCUGAGCGCCUCCGGCGGACGAAGAAAGGGAAGGAGCAUGAACGCGGGGGAGCUCCAGGUGCCCAGGACAUCUCCGCGCCGCGGGAAAGUGGUCUCAUCAAGACCUUCACGUCGUUGUUUAAGAAGUGA